AUGUCGACAUUAGCGGAUGAGCUUCUCCAAGACUUCGAGGACUCGGGGUCCGAAAAUGGCGAUGCUCAGAACGAUGCCGGACUUCACCUCGGCGAUGACUCGGCCUUGUCGCCUAAGGGCGAUCGCGAACAAGAUGGAGACAUGAUGCUCGACGGUGACGAAGAAGAAGAGCUCGAUGGGGACGAGGCUAUGGGCGGCUUGGACGACGGCAUUGUCAACGCGUUGGAAGAUGAAGAAGCUGCCAAAGAGAGGGUCGAGAAGAUGCAGCUGGCGAACGUCAACGAUGUGCGCAAGGUCACCAGUGUCAUGGACAGGCUGGAUCCAUUACUCAAGGACAUAUCACAUUUUCAAUCAAAGCCCCUAUCGCAGGCAACCACGAAUGUUGGCAACAUCGAAGACAACCCCGAAUACAAGGUCCUCACCGAAUCGAACACGCUAUCUACCCAGAUUGAUGGUGAAAUAAUGAAGGUGCACAAGUUCAUCAGGGAUCAUUACUCGGCCAGAUUUCCUGAGUUAGAGACUUUGAUUCAGAAUCCAAUCGAGUACACGAAAGUCGUCGCUAUUCUUGGUAAUGGGCCAAUGGAUUCAGACAGCAUCAGAGCGAUACAAGACUCGAAAGAUAACGCUCUAGGCGAAACCCUCAAAUCUGUGCUCGACGGCCCAUCACUAAUGGUUGUCACGGUCGAAGCCACGACAAGCAAGGGACAUGAGAUUACCCAGGAUGAGCUUGAGCGCAUUCUCCGCGCUUGUCAUAUGAUGAUAAAGAUGGAUAAGGCGAAAAAGACCUUAACUGAAUAUGUUCAGUCCCGAAUGAGCAUCUUCGCACCGAACCUAACGGCCGUGGUUGGGUCACUGACGGCAGCCCAACUAAUCAACACAGCUGGUGGUCUAACGAAUCUAUCUAGGGUCCCUGCUUGCAAUAUUGCCGCAUGGGGGAAUAAGAAGUCAAGGAGCGCAGCCUUUGCGACCAAUACUUCGAUCAGACAACAAGGAUAUCUGUACUUCUCGCCCAUCAUUCGGGGCAUUCCAAAUGAUCUCAAGAAGAAGGCCAUGAAGGCUGUGGCGGCUAAGUUGGUGCUUGCAGCUCGCGCUGACACAAGUCAUGCUACUCCAGACGGGUCAUAUGGAGAGGAACUUCGCGCCCAGUGUCUGGAGCGUCUAGACAAGAUUACGGAACCACCACCAAACAAAGGCCAGCGAGCUUUGCCUGCGCCAGAUGACAAGCCUUCUCGUAAGCGCGGUGGACGACGUGCCCGGAAGGCAAAGGAAGCGACUGCUAUGACAGACUUACGGAAGGCGCAAAAUCGUAUGGCCUUUGGCAAAGAGGAGAAAGAGGCUGGUUAUGGUACUGGUGACUCCACGGUCGGCAUGGGCAUGAUAGGCCAGACAGGCGACGGCCGCAUCCGAGGCAUGCAAAUCGACAACCGGACACGAGCGAAGUUAAGCCAGAAACAUAAAGGUUGGGGCGGAGCCACGCCAGUCGGCGGUGCGGCAUCUUCACUGCGUGGAUUCGGCCAAUCGGCCCACAAUAUCGACCUCCGCGGUAAGGGCUUACGCACAUCGGGCGUGGGUUCAUCCAUCGGAGGCGGAGCAGGAACCGCGUCUUCCUUGGCCUUCACCCCUGUCCAGGGCCUUGAGCUUGUGGAUCCCAAGGUUCAGGCUGAACUCAAUAGGAAGAGGAAAGCAGAGGAAGAUCGCUGGUUCAAGGGAGGCACCUUUACCCAAGUUGGCGGUGCUAGCUCUACGAAUGGCGGAUUCAAGGUCCCGGGGCAACCCCCGAGCAAGAGGGUAGACACGGGUGCUGGCAAGAUGGGUCCGCCGACACUGCCCGCGCAGAAGUAG